CAUUCAAAAGAGGAAACAGUUGGAUAGGAACUCAGAAAUCAUGUGACUGAUGACUAAGUUACAUUUUUUUCCCUUUACUAAAAAUAAAGGGGAAGAGUCUGAAGAUUAGUUACAGAUUCUCCUUACAUUUUUAAAGUUUUGGAGAGAUUGAAUCAUGUUUCCAUUUGUGCUUUUUUCCGUCCUGUUUUCUUCCAUAUUUACUGAACCUGAGGAAAAACGCUGGGUCUGCAACUCCUCUGACGCCACCGUUUGGUACGACUACUGUGAUAACUUGAAAUUUCCCAUUUCAAUACGUUCUGAGCCCUGUAUAACAUUGAAGGGAAGCCGUGGAAUCCUGUAUCUCUACUUCAUUCCAAGAAGAGAUAUAAAAAGCUUGUAUUUCAAUAUCUAUCUAUCUACUAAGUCCAUGAAUUUCCCAUUGCGCAAAGAAGUUAUUUGCCGAGGAUAUGAUGAUGAUUUUUCCUUUUGCAGAGCUCUGAAGGGAGAGACUGUGAACACAACAAUACAAUUCUCCUUCAAGGGAAUACGAUUUUCUAAGGGACAAUACAACUGUAUUACAGAAGCCAUUGAGGGAAACACUGAUGAAAAGCUCUUUUGCUUGAACUUUACUGUCAUACAUUACCCUGAUUUCAAUUAGAAUAAAUCAAGUAUUUGCUUUUAUUUUUCAAAAGUUUUAUUCUUCACUUAAAAUACUUUUUACACUGUGCAUUUGUUUGCUAGGUCUGCCAUAGCAAAGACCACAGACUAGGUGGCCUCAACAAUAUUUAUUUUGUUCUGGAGGCUAGAAAUCUGAGAUCCAGUUGUCAACAGAUUGGGUUCCUUUUGAGGCCUCUCUCCUUGGCUUGUAGAUGGCCUUUUUCUCCCUAUGUCUCCCUAUGUCCACGUCGUCUUGCCUCUGGGCGUGUAACCCUAAUCUUUUAUAAGGACACCAGUCGUUGGUUUAGGGCCUACCAGAGUGACAUCAUUUUACCUUAAUUGUCUCCAAAUCUAGUCACCCUCAGAGGUACUGGGGUUAGGGCUUCAGCUUGUGAAUUAUGAGAAUUCACAGUUCAGCCUGUAGCACACAGGUAAUAAGCAUAAUCUCUCCAGCCGCUCGACUUCUCUCUGUUUUCUGCAUCUGCUUUGGAACAAGUCGCCAGCAUUGGUUGCCUGGACUCCGCUGCUGCCUCCUGGCUGACCACCCUACACCUGGUUGGGUGCCUCAGGACUGAUGUGGCACCUUGACGACCCAGGAACCAUCCAGCUGGCCCCGCAUGGUCUGAAUGGUCCAAACAGCUCUUCACUAUAUCUGUUAACCAGAUGGCACCUUUCCACUAGCAAUGCCAUUUAAAAGACAAUUUUGUAAGGUUAUCAGACAUCGCUUUUUUUGCUUAUUACUGCUGUUUCAUUGCUCAUAAAAAGUAAAUGACUUGUAAGAACAUUGCUUAGA